AAGCAAUCAUUUCUCCUUCUCUUUGACUGCAUUCUUGCAGCCAUUGAGAAAUACUGUGAGAGCUGUGAUUGGUCACAGUUUGUAACAUGGUACAAGGCUGUUGUGAAUAGCCUUGUAUCAUGUGACCUCUGUGAUCAUUCACAGAUUUCACAUGUAGUAAGCAAUGAUGUCAGAAGUGACAUCUUGCUUACUACUAUUCAUGUGAUGCAGUGAUCACAUGAUCAGGACCUCACACAGAGGUCCCAUACAGUGUCCCAGGGAGCACGCACAGGUUGAAAAUGCGGGCGCUGUUUAUGA